GCUCAAUAAAAGAAAUCGUACUGCGCCAGUGCCCCUCAUCCUACCAGCCCCAUCCAGCCUUUUUUGCCACCGAGACCCCCAGGUCUCUUGCAGCCCACGCCAUGUCCUGUCCCCUGGAUCAAGCCCUCGGUCUCCUGGUUUGCAUCUUCCACAAAUACUCGGGCAAAGAGGGCGACAAGAAUUCCCUCAGCAAGAAGGAACUCAAGGAGCUGAUCCAGAACGAGCUCACCAUCGGGCCGAAGCUCAAUGAUGCAGAGAUCGUGAAUCUAAUGAAUGACCUGGAUCAGAACAAGGACCAGGAAGUGAACUUCCAGGAGUAUGUCACCUUUCUGGGCGCCUUGGCCAUGAUUUACAACGACGCCUUAAAAGGUGUUCUUUGAGGCUGAGGCUGUUGAAGAAACAGGCAGGUUUUGGGAGGCUAAUUCACUCUCCAUUUAAGCGUGUCUGUGUGUGUGUUUGUGUGUGUGUGUGUGUGCGCAGAAAUGCUGACAUUAAAGAUCUUUUUUUAAAAGUU